CUAUCAUGUCCACUUAGGAAGAAGACCAUCUACAAAACUGUUUGCCUCUCCUUCCUGCUGGUGAUCACGGUGACAGUGCUGCAACGGGGAAUGGCCCCUAACCAGUUCAUGCAGGGCCAGCAGCAGAAGGAGCUCUCUCCUCCAGACCCCUCGAAAACACAGAAGAGAGACAACGCCUUCUCCAUCACCAGCACUUUUUGGAAGAGCAAGAAGGAGAAAGCUCCUGUGAAGGAAGAGACUGUGACGGCGAAGCAAGUGAAAUCCUGGGACGUCACCACUACCAACUGCUCAGCCAACCAGAACUUCAGCAAGGUGGACUGGUUCAAAGGGCUGGAGCCCAACUUCCAGCAGUUCCUGCUCUAUCGGCACUGCCGCUACUUCCCCAUGCUGAUCAACCACCCUGAGAAAUGCAGCGGGGACGUCUACCUGCUCAUUGUGGUCAAGUCCAUCAUCACACAGCACGACCGCCGCGAGGCCAUCCGGAGGACCUGGGGCCAGGAGAAGGAGGUGGAGGGCAAGAGAAUCAGGACGCUGUUCUUGCUGGGCACAGCUUCCAAGGAGGAAGAGAGAGCCAACUACCAGAAACUGCUGGAUUACGAGAACCACAUCUAUGGGGAUAUCUUACAGUGGGAUUUCCUGGACAGCUUCUUCAACCUCACCCUCAAAGAGGUCCAUUUCCUGAAGUGGCUGAACAUCUACUGUGACAAUGUCCGCUUCAUCUUCAAAGGUGACGAUGAUGUGUUUGUGAGUCCGAGCAACAUCCUGGAGUUCCUGGAGGACAAGAAGGAGGGAGAGGACCUCUUCGUGGGGGAUGUCCUCUACAAGGCCAAGCCGAUUCGGAAGAAGGAGAACAAAUACUACAUCCCCAGCGCCCUUUACAACAAAAGCAACUACCCACCCUAUGCAGGGGGUGGAGGCUUCAUCAUGGAUGGACCCCUGGCCAAGAGGCUGCACAAGACCUCAGAGACGCUGGAGCUAUACCCCAUCGACGACGUCUUCCUAGGGAUGUGCUUGGAGGUCCUUAAAGUGUCACCCAUUGGGCACGAGGGCUUCAAAACUUUUGGCAUCGUGAAGAACAAGAACAGCAAGAUGAACAAGGAGCCGUGUUUUUUCCGGAGUAUGUUGGUAGUUCAUAAACUGCUGCCUCCAGAGUUGCUCCAAAUGUGGGACUUGGUCCAUAGUAACUUGACGUGCUCAAGGAAACUCAAUGUCCUUUAGCUCAGUCUCUCUGGAGAGCUGGGACUGGAGGGGCCGGGAUGACUGACCCCCUGCUCCAGGAUGGGGUGAGCCUCUGCAGGUGGCACAUGAGUCCUUCAGGGGCCUCUCCCUCCAGGGUGAUGAAGGCAGAGACAUUGUGCUCGCAGGCAGGGUUUGCAAUAGUGUUUAUUCCUGUACUGUAAUGUGGUUCACUUAUCUCCAGCUGGGUUGGGGGUUGCUGAAAA